UACCCAGCGCCUCUCCACGUCACCUGCCUUUGGUGUGUCUGGGCCAUUACUAAUAGAGCCUUGUAAACAAUCGUUAAUCAUGUAAGUGCUGCCGGCCAUUGGGUCCGGACCGGGAGCGGGAGCGGGAGCGAGGGAGCGCUCCGGCGGCCAGGCAGCGCGGGCCGCGGCCCCUCCGCCGGCCCCCUCCCCGCCCCGGGGAGCCCGUCCCCAGGCGCCGGGCGCAGCUCCGAGAGCCCGAGCAGUAUGUGGAGAGCUGCCGCCGGGGCCCCGCCAUCAUGUACGUGAGCUACCUGCUGGACAAGGACGGGCCCAUGUACCCCAGCCCCGUGCGCCACUCGGGGGGGCUCAACCUGGCGGCGCAGAACUUCGUGGGCGCCCCGCAGUACGCGGACUACGGCGGAUACCAUGUGAACCUCGACAGCGCCCAGUCCCCCGGCCCGGCCUGGCCGGCGCCCUACGGCGCGCCGCUCCGCGACGACUGGGGCGCCUACGGCCAAGGGGCCCCGGCGGCGGCCGCCGGCGCCGUGCACGGCCUCAACGGCGGCUCCCCCGCCGCCGCCAUGGCCUACAGCCCCGCCGACUACCACCACCACGCGCACGCCCACCACCACGCCGGCCCCGCGCCCCACUGCUCCGCCGGCGUCAUGCAGCCCCUCAACGCCGCCGCCGCCGCCGCCGCCGCCGCCCCCGAGCCGCUCUCCCCCGGCGGGCAGCGGCGCGGCCUCUGCGAGUGGAUGAGGAAGCCGGCGCAGCCCCCGCUCAGCAGCCAGGUGAAAACCAGGACGAAAGACAAGUACCGCGUGGUGUACACGGACCACCAGCGGCUGGAGCUGGAGAAGGAGUUCCACUACAGCCGCUACAUCACCAUCCGGAGGAAAGCGGAGCUGGCCUCCACCCUGGGGCUGUCGGAGAGGCAGGUGAAAAUCUGGUUCCAGAACCGGCGGGCGAAGGAGAGGAAGAUCAACAAGAAGAAGCUCCAGCAGGCGCAGCCCGGCGGCGCGCCCGGCGCGGAGCCGCUCAGCCCCGGCGCCCCGCUGCAGGGCCCCGCGGCGGGGGCGGCCGCGCUGGGCCCCGCCGCCGCGCAGUGA